AUGGAAAAAUUAUUGGGCAAAGGAGAGUUUGUUUCAGUGUUUGUUUGGGAAAUUAUUGCUGGACAGAUGAAACAAAAAAUUGCCGUCAAAAAGGUCAGACUUACAUCAAAACAAGAAUCGAAAAGUACUGAAACAAAAGUUUAUCAAGAAUUAAUGUAUGAAGCACGCUUAAUGCGUCUUUUUGACCACCUUAACAUGAUUAAAUGUUAUGGUAUUGUUGUGAUCAAACGUCCACUGUUGACGGCGGCUCACUUUAUGGCAAAAAUUUCUGAUUUCGGUUUGUCACGCAUUGAUAGUAAGUACAAAAUGAAAAAGGGUGAAAAAAUUCCGACCAAAUGGACAGCCCCGGAAACUGUUAACGUAGAAAAGUGA